AGAAACGUAGAAAGAAAGGGAAGAAAACAACCCAAAAGAAAAAAAGAAGCUCUCCUGGUAUCAAUCGGAGAGAUCUGAAAGGUGGGAAAGCCCGCUGAAGAACCUUUCCAGGAAAGUAUAUUCCGGUAGAUCCAAACACCCUUUUAACCGAAAAGAAAAAUGAAUAUAUUCAGAUUAGCAGGGGACAUGUUCCAUUUGGCCAGCGUCCUUGUUCUGCUUCUUAAGAUCCAUACUAUCAAAUCCUGCGCUGGAAUUUCCUUGAAGACUCAGGAACUUUAUGCUAUUGUCUUUGCCGCGCGAUAUUUGGAUAUAUUUACUAAUUUCAUCUCAGUCUAUAAUACCGUAAUGAAGUUGAUAUUUCUCGGGAGCUCCUUCUCUAUUGUUUGGUAUAUGAGACGCCACAAGAUAGUUCGUAGAUCAUAUGAUAGGGACCAAGACACUUUUCGUUAUGUUUUCCUCAUCUGGCCUUGCCUGAUUUUUGCCAUGUGUAUAAAUGAGAAGUUUACUUUCAAAGAGAUAAUGUGGACGUUUUCCGUAUAUUUGGAAGCUGUUGCUAUACUUCCGCAAUUGGUUCUGUUGCAAAGAACAAGAAACAUUGACAACUUGACAGGGCAAUAUGUUUUCCUCCUCGGUGCGUAUCGAGCAUUGUACAUCUUAAACUGGAUUUAUCGCUACUUUACCGAGGAACACUAUGUCCAUUGGAUAACUUGGAUAGCCGGGCUUAUCCAGACAUUGCUCUAUGGUGAUUUCUUCUAUUAUUACUUCCAGAGUUGGAAGAACAAUGUUAAACUCGAGCUACCGGCUUGAGAUUUGCCGAAGCGUGCGAGUUAUAUAGCGUGACCGGUGAUUUGGAUUCAGUUUCUCAGUGAGUUUUCUCCACCAAUUGUACCUUAGCAGGCUUGUUUUUUCAUGAAAAAGAAAAAUGGUUAUGAUUCUCAAUGUAGAAUUAACCAGUUAUACCAUUAUAUUAACAGAAGACUUCAUUAGAUCUUGUAGCUCAAAAUACCUUAGAAUGAUGGAAAAUAUUCUCUGGAAAUUAAAAUUAUUGUACUAUCAUUUAUUUUCUUGUCAAACUUUUGUAUUUUUGUUACAUGUAGAUACAUAUGUAAUAUUAGUAUGAUUUGUAUUAGGUUUUAGGAGUUGGAAAAUGUUGGGUUUAGAGUUCUUGGGGGCAUUGGUAACAUAAUGCUCUUUUAACUGGUAUUUAUUAGUUAGGAUUGGAUUAUAUUAGUGUAUUGUGUUUGGUAUAAUUUAGUACUAUAAAGUAUAAAAUAAUGGGUUUAUACAUUUUUA